ACGAAACUGAACGGAGCUGUCGAAGCACCUAUGUCCUCUGUAAUUCUACUAUGUAGUAUCCCUUCGGCAGAACAAAGGCUUUCAUGGUACGACAGCAGCUCUUGGCGCUGGGGUUGAACGGAUGUCUGGUCCUCUCAAGAAGCGUGUUCAAGUCUUGCAUCGCUGUCCGUCCGCGUCUGGAGGAACGGGACUACGGGCCGUGUGUCUCGCCGUUGUGGUCUUCGAUUAUGGGGAUCUGCCUUAUUGUUCGUGUUCGUCCAGACGUCUCAGCAUGAGUGUUUCAUCUCGUCUAGCGCAAUCGUGCCACUGAAAAACGCUGCGUGGCUUCUCAGAUGGCUCAACUUUCAGAUCGUGGAACCUCUCUUGAGAUUUGCCAGGGUCGCCCUAUGGGGCGGCUCCUCCCUUCUGGGAGCCAUGCAACGACCUAGGAGCGGGCGCGUCUGCGUUUACCUCGUGACCAACGUGCUUCUCGCAUUGUCCAUCUGGCUCUCACGAGCUUCCGCUUUCAGGCUGUCGCGCUGGUCCGCUUCAGCUCUUUGCCCUGCCCAGUCACCUUCCUGCGUUGGCACGGCUCACCGUUUGUCAACCCCCCUUAUUGCGGCCGGUUGCCAGCUUGGCAGCUUCCCCUCUGGCUGUACAAAUGAGUUCUUCUGGCGGCGACAUGGAUCGCAGACCGCGUUAGGCAUUAGCUCACGGCGCCACCUUCAAGUGAUACGGAGGAAAAAAUAUCGAACGAAAGGCACGUCAACGGUCCGGAGACAUUACGGCAUCAAAGGCAGGGGUGGUGGAAAGCUUCGCCUUGGCAAACAUACGGGUGUCCCUCUUCAGGCUAUGGAGUGCCCCGCUCGCAGGUGCAUGCUACUGGGAAAGAUGGACAACACAAAGGCGAGGAACCGAAGUCAUUCAAGAGUUGCAACACACAAAGUACAACGAUUAAACCUGCACUGGAAGAGACUAUGGUGGCCGGAAGCCGGAUAUUACGUCAGGUUGCGGCUCUCUGUUAAGGGAAUUCGGACCAUAAAAAAGUACGGCCUUCAACGCGCAGCGGACAAGUUUGGCCUGAACUUAAAAAAAAAGAAGUACUAUGCGGGAUAUAGUCACAGGCGUAUGGUCAGUCGACUCUCUCUAGCGGGUGGGACAGCCGGCCACAUAAAUGCCGAUGAGAUCGCUGGCCCUCUUUCUGGUCAACGAGAGACUAGCACGAUAGCCCGGGUCGACGCGGCUAAAAUGUAGGCACACCCAUGAUGAGCAGCAUCUGUGUCGCGUUUUGAAUGCUGCUUUGUGGCGUGUAACGAUAUUUGGUUCCUGCGUCACGCGAAAGCUGCUGCUUCUGCUGGAACAACUUCAAGUCUCCCUUUGCCUUCUGCGAAGUCGAACUGAGCAGAACAAAUACAAUGACUUGUCAACGACUUUGCCAGUCUUCACCGUACCAUGAUGACUUGACGUCGUUUCUCUUGGGGAGCAAGGACAACUCGGACAGGGCCGACAGUCGUUGUCGCAGUAGAUGGUAUCACUAGAAAACAUCACACCGUUAUUAAGCAGUCGCACUUAAGAGAGGAAGAGUUGGGGGCGGUCUGGCCUUACAUGUUGUAGUGUUCACGAUUAUGCAUAGGGCUGGAAAUAAUUAGCUAGGAAACAUCGGGUUCGUGAGCGGCAUCUGCCCGUGCUUACUGUUAGUACAUGCAUUCGAGACUGCCAUUGAUGGGAUGCUAGCGGCACCAGAAGGAGGGGCCGAAUGAACGAAGAGCACUUGUCCUUUUUCGGAGAGACUGUUAAUUGGACCCGAACUUGUGGAGCUCUGGAG